CUUUCCAUCCUCCUUCCCCCAGGUGUUUCCUUGGCCCCAAAGUCUCUCCCUUGUCCAUUCCUCUCCAGAUCCCACCCCACUCCGAUCUCUGAACCCCAUAAGCACCCUAGCUUUUGAUCCGAGAGAAGAGCAGGUCAGCCAUGGACGCCAAGAUCGGCAAGUUCUUCGAGUCCGUCGGCUCCUUCUUCAGCGGCGGCGAUAACAUCCCCUGGUGCGAUCGCGACAUCAUCGCCGGUUGUGAGAGAGAGGUUGCUGAGAGUGGGAGCCAAGAACAAAAGAGUGAAAGUCUUAUGAGGUUAUCUUGGGCUCUUGUUCAUUCAAGACAAGCUGAGGAUGUGAAUCGAGGAAUAGCCAUGCUUGAAGCUUCCUUGGGCAGUUCAAGCAGCCCACUGCAAACUAGAGAGAAGCUAUAUUUGUUAGCUGUUGGAUAUUACAGAAAUGGAGACUAUUCAAAAAGUCGGCAGCUCCUGGAGCACUGUUUGGAGAUCGCACCAGAUUGGAGGCAGGCCCUGAGUCUUAAAAAAGUGGUGGAAGAUCGAAUUGCCAAAGAUGGUGUGAUAGGCAUAGGGAUUGCUGCAACCGCUGUGGGCCUAUUGGUUGGGGGCAUUGCUGCUGCGGUGACUCGGAAGAAGUGAUGAGUUCACCGACAAAUAUAACACCAUGAAUAAUUUAGAUGCUGCUGUUUCCUGUAAUAUAUUGAGCUACUUAAGCGUCUUUACUUGAAUAUUUUGUUAUUUCUAAUCACCAUAUGUGCGUAAGAAACAAGAGUCUGAACCUUGCGAGGAUGUAUUUUUAUUUUAAUGCUUUGCAUGAUCUGUACAGGAGGUCCUUGACCUCUGCCUUGUUGUUUUGUUC